AUGCUUCCUGCUUAUAAAAUGGAUACAAGAGACUAUGCACUACAGACUGACCUCAAGACCUGGCGCCAGAAGAUACUUGUUGAUUUGGGGAUCAAUGAUCCAUUUUUCAGUCCUGCUCUUAUUCUUCUGGAUCCAAUCUUAAUGCACAUCAUUGAUCUCUCCCUUCACUCAAAGCUAUCCAAUGUUGCUUCCCUCCAAGACUUAACAGACUGGUGCUAUGCCAAUGAGUAUGGUAGAAAUAUCUUGGAUUUGGUCCGCAAGCAUUAUCCCCUGCUGACAGCUGUGCAACCACCUCAGCCUAACAUGUUCAUUAAUAUGUCCAAUGUGGUGUCACUCUCAACAGCAUCAAAUCUGCUUAAUCCAUCGGCCCACUCUGCAAAUAUUCCUAAGAAACCACGCAAAGUAACUGUGUGUUCUAAAUGCAAGCAAUCCGGCCAUAAUGCGAGGAACCAUCUUUGCCCAAUGCGCGCAGGUCCUUCUAACACCAACCUCAAUCAAGAAAACAUUCUCCCUAGCGGCGCUACUUGUGUCAAUAAUCAAUGA